AUGAUAACUAGAAUUGAAACCUUAACCUUGUGUUUCAUUUUUUGCAUAGUCAUAUCUCAAAGUGUAGCUGAUGAACAAGUUGGUUAUGGCUACACAAUCACAAAUGUAACCAACACCACACCAAAUUCUUUGACUGCUACCCUUAAACUCAGCAAUUCCUCCUCAGUUUUUGGAACCGACAUUCAACUCCUCAACCUCACUGCAAGUUUUGAGACCAAGGAUAGAUUAAGAGUAAGGAUCACUGAUUCAAAUAAUAAAAGAUGGGAAAUUCCACAAGAAGUGAUUCCUAGAGAGUCAUCAUCAUCUUCUUCUUCUUCUCUAUCUCACCAUAUUCUAGACCAGGAUUCUCAAAACUCAACACACACACUCACACAUCCAGAUUCAGACCUUAUCUUCACACUCAACAACACUAGUCCAUUUGGAUUCACCAUCACUCGCAAAUCCUCCAAUGACACACUCUUUAACACUUCACCGCAAGACCCUUCAAACUCCGAACAGUUUCUUGUCUUUAAAGAUCAAUACUUGCAGCUUUCUACCUCUCUACCUUCAGACAGAUCUUCUCUCUUUGGUUUUGGAGAGCACACUAAGAGUACCUUCAAGUUGCAAUCAGGCAAUAAUUUCACUCUUUGGAAUGCAGAUGUUCCUAGUUCCAGUGUUAAUGUUAACACUUAUGGCUCUCAUCCAUUUUAUUUGGAUGUGAGAAAGGGUUCAUCUGAUGGAAAAGUGAAAAACGGAACCACGCAUGGUGUUUUGCUUCUUAAUAGUAAUGGAAUGGAUGUUGCUUAUACGAGUGAUCGUCUUAUUUAUAAGGCCAUUGGUGGUGUUUUUGAUUUCUAUUUCUUUGCUGGUUCUUCUCCUGAAUUGGUUUUGGAUCAGUACACUCAACUCAUUGGUAGGCCUGCUCCUAUGCCUUAUUGGUCUUUUGGUUUUCAUCAGUGUCGAUAUGGCUACAAGGAUGUAACUGAUAUCACUGAGGUGGUACAGAACUAUUCAAAAUCUGGUAUACCUCUUGAAGUUAUGUGGACAGAUAUUGAUUACAUGGAUAAAUAUAAACUUUUCACACUCGAUCCUGUUAAUUAUCCACUCGAUAAGAUGAAGACUUUUGUUGACACUCUUCACAAAAAUGGUCAAAAAUAUGUGCCUAUAGUAGAUCCAGGUAUUGCUAUAAAUGACACAUAUGAUACCUAUAAUAGAGGCUUGAAAGCUGAUAUCUACAUAAAGAGGAAUGGAACCAAUUAUCAAGGUCAAGUUUGGCCUGGACAAGUUUACUUUCCUGAUUUUCUUAACCCUACCACCCAAGACUUUUGGGGUGAAGAAAUCAAAUUGUUUAGGGAACUUCUCCCUUUUGAUGGUCUUUGGCUUGACAUGAAUGAGUUAGCUAAUUUCAUGACUUCUCCUAACAUUGAAAAUUCUACUCUUGACAACCCUCCCUACAAAAUUAACAGUAACGGAGGUAAAAGACCGAUUAACGAUAGAACAGUGCCAGCAACAGCUAUCCAUUAUGGUAAUAUCACUGAGUAUGAUGCUCACAAUUUGUAUGGACUCUUAAAUUCCAAAACAACAAACAAGGCCUUAGUGAAUAUAACUGGUAAAAGGCCAUUCAUUUUGACUAGGUCAACUUUUAUAAGCUCUGGCAGGUAUACAGCUCAUUGGACAGGAGAUAAUGCUGCUUCAUGGAAUGAUUUAGCAUACUCAAUUCCAACAAUAUUGAACUUUGGAAUCUUUGGAGUUCCAAUGGUUGGUGCAGAUAUAUGUGGCUUCCAAGGUAACACAAAUGAAGAACUUUGUCAGCGCUGGAUCCAGUUGGGGGCCUUUUACCCCUUUGCAAGAGAUCAUUCAGAUAAAAACUCCAACAGGCAAGAGCUUUACCUAUGGGAUUCAGUUGCAGCAUCAGCUAAAAAAGUGCUCGCCCUUCGCUACCCGCCUUCUUCCAUAUUUCUACACACUAAUUUUCUACUAGGCAAAGGAGUUCUAGUCUCACCUGUGCUACAAUCCGGUGCAACCACCGUUGAUGCAUACUUUCCUAAAGGAAAUUGGUUUGAUCUCUUUAAUUUCUCAAAUUCAGUGAGUGCUGAAUCCGGGAAAACUGUCAAACUUGAUGCACCGUCUGAUCACAUAAAUGUGCAUGUUGGAGAAGGUAACAUUUUGGCCUUACAAGGGGAAGCAAUGACAACGGAAGCGGCGCGUAACACCUCAUUCCAACUUGUGGUUGUUUUCAAUGGAACUGGAAAUAGUUAUGGACAUGUUUAUUUGGAUGAUGGUGAGGCGGUUGAUCUAGAAGCGAAAGAGCAAUGGACAUUUGUUAGAUUUUAUGGUGAAUGGAAUGAUACUAGUGUUUCUGUUAGAUCAAAUGUUACUAAUGGAAAAUUUGCUUUGGAUAAAAAAUGGAUAAUAGAAAAGGUUACUUUCUUGGGAGUGCCUAAGAAUAAGAGUGUGAUGAGAGUUGUGAAUAAUGGAAAGAUUUUAAUGAGGGAGAGAGUUUUGGAGACAGGUGUUAGUAACUCAUCUGAGUUUGUUAUUGUAGAACUUACAAAUUUGAAACAGCUUAUUGGUGAGGAAUUUAAGCUUGAGUCUCCAAGAAAGUAG